GAGAGUGAGAAAAGAAAAAUGAAAGAAAUAGUAAGAUAACGACGGAAGACGACUCUGAGGUCGGGCUCUCAGGCAAACACGGAAAAAGCAACUGAAAGAUCCAGCUUGAUUAAUUGGCGGUAACCACUGAAAGGGAAAGCGCCGGCAAUAACUGACAACGACCGCCGCGAUAAGGCUAAAAUGGUACCAUUGUAGUUUUCAAAUGCAAACAGAACGCGGUAAAAACCUAAUUGUAGUUUACAAAAUACGUCAGUCAUGCUCUCUGGCAAAACUAUCAUCAUCUAUAAAAAGGUGGCAAAAAUGGAAACUAUUCAGCUGGUGGAGUGCCACCUCUCGGAAAUAGCACUUCAGUUGAAUCUCGCAAACGCAAACCAGCAGGUAGCAGUCUAGUUCGUACGGAAAAUGAAGAUUUAUUACGUGUUAUCAGUAUUCUUAGCGGUAGUUUACAUAAGUAGAAAUGUUUCUUGUCGCCAAAGCGAUAGAGAAUCGUUACGAAUGGUGCUCGCCAUGUUUCGUCACGGUGCACGUAGUCCAGUGCAGUCGUUUCCAACGGAUCCCCACGCGGACUAUCCAUGGAUCAACGGAAAGGAAGAAUUGCAACCGCUAGGAUUCGACCAGAUGUUUCAACUUGGCCGAAAUAUGCGGCGUCGAUACAAGUUCUUCAUUCCGGACAAUACCGUCAUGAUGAAACGUAGCAUUUAUACGGUCAGUAGCUGUCUCCAGCGCUGUAUUGAUAGUGCCCAAUCAUUUCUCACCGGCCUGCUCAAAACCUCGAAUAGUUCCGCAAUCCGAAGACAACCGGUGCCGAUCAACGUGAUACCCCCGGAUCAAGAUACGUUCAUCCGACAAAACAGAACCUGCGAGAAAGUGAAACACAUUAUGGCAAAGGAAAUGGCCAACAACGCCUCAUUCCUAUCCGAACUGAACAGGGAAGCAGCCCGCCUACAGCAGAUCAUUUCCGCUGAGGUUGGUACACCCAUCGCUUCCGCACAAGACACAGCAUUGAUCUGCGAUACGCUGGAGGUGUACAACGCAUUCGGAAUGAAACAACCCAGCUGGGCCUACAAAAUCUUCCCCGACCGGGCUCGGGCCUUCCUGCAAGGAUUCCUUCUCAGCUAUUCCGCAACUCCGGAAUUGAAGCAUAUCCGCGGCGGAGCGAUUCUCACCGAAUAUCUGACGAAAAUGAAGGCCAAACGGGACGGCAUGAUGAAGUACAACCGGAGGAUGUUCUUCUACUCGGGUCAUGACGUGACCCAGGUCAAUCUGUUCAAUAGCUUAGGAAUGAAGCAGCAGACUUUGCGGCGGCCGGAGCUCGGGUCGGCGGUCGUGUUUGAGUUGCACAAGAAUGACGAUUUGUGGAUGGAUUGGGAGCUCCGUAUGCUGCAUUACGAGAAUUCAUCGGUGCAGACGCCGGUACAGUUGGAGAUACCGAGGUGUCCGGAACCGUGUAAGCUGAGUACAUUCGAGCAGACUGUGAAGCAUUUGUUGCUGGACAACUAUGAUGAGGUGUGCUCGACGUGGUGAUUUAAACUAAGGUAUUCUGAAGAUGAGCAAUUGAACUGACAUGACUUGACGUUUUAUAUAAGAUAAUAAACUGAUGAACUCGUUU